CUGUUUUCAUUGAUCGCUGCUCUUGUGCACUGUGUGAGGAGCGUUUUAUAGAAGACACGAUGGAUGAAGAAUUAAAAUGCCCCGUUUGCGGCUCUCUUUUCAAGGAUCCUAUUCUUUUACCCUGCUCACACAAUGUGUGUUUGGCGUGCGCCCGAAAUAUCAUUGUACAGACCCCAGAAGGCGAAACACCUCCGCAAAACCGUGCCUCCGGGAACUCGGACUACGAUUAUUUGGAUAUGGACAAAAUGAGCAUGUAUAGUGAAACGGACAGCGGCUAUGGAUCAUACACGCCGUGCCUCAAGUCUCCAAAUGGGAUACGGGUGUUUCCUCCGACUCUGGUGCACCGCCACUGCUCCAUAACGUGUCCUCUCUGUCACCGUAGUGUCUCUCUGGAUGAGCGGGGACUGAGGGGCUUCCCACGUAACCGGCUACUGGAGGCGAUCGUGUCUCGUUAUCAGCAGAACCGCUCUGCCAACGUGAAAUGUCAGCUGUGUGACCGCAACCCUGUCGAUGCCACUGUGAUGUGCGAACAGUGCGACGUGUUUUACUGCACACCAUGCCAGCAGCGAUGCCACCCUUCCCGUGGACCGCUAGCCAAACAUCGAUUACUGCCACCGACCCAAUCGCCCGCAGCUGGAAGCCAGCAGACGCCCGCCGGCACCAUACGCAAACAGGGAACGUGUGCAGACCAUGACAUGGAGAACUUUAGCAUGUACUGCGUCAACUGCAAGACUCCAGUGUGUAUGAAGUGUCUUGAGGGUGGCAAGCACGGGAGUCAUGAUUUAAAACCUUUAGCUGCCAUGUGGAAACAGCACAAGUGUCAACUCUCCCAAGCUUUGAACGGUGUGUCAGAUAAAGCCAAGGAUGCCAAGGAAUUCCUAAUGCAGUUGAAGAACAUGCUUCAGCAGAUACAGGAGAACGGGGUGGAGUUCGAGGCCUGCUUGGUGGCUCAGUGUGACGCCCUGAUUGAGGCUCUGACGAGGCAGAAAGCCAAGCUCCUCACCAAGGUCACCAAGGAGAGGGAGUACAAGCUCAAGGUGGUGCGUGACCAGAUCACACACUGCACUAUGAAGCUGCGUCAGACCACGGGCAUGAUGGAGUACUGUCUGGAGGUGAUCAAAGAGAACGACCCCAGUGGCUUCCUGCAGAUCUCAGAUGCGCUGAUCAAACGUGUGACGUCGUCUCAGGACCAGUGGGUCAAAGGGGCUUUGGAGCCCAAGGUGGGCCCUGAGUUUGACCUGACCCUGAACACAGACCCCCUGCUGCAGACCAUACUACAGCUGGACUUUGUCCAGAGCAAAGUGGAGUCUGCCACGGUGCCCCCGGCCCCCCUGCUGCAGCUGGAGAAGUGCUGCACCCGCAACAACAGUGCCACCCUGGCCUGGAGGGUCACUGUGCCCCCUAGCAACCCCAUCGAAGGCUACAUCCUGGAGCUGGACGACGGCAACGGGGGUCAAUACAGGGAGGUGUAUGUAGGGAAGGAGACUGUGUGCACUGUGGACGGCCUCCACUUCAACAGCUCCUACAAUGCCAGAGUCAAGGCCUAUAACUCCACCGGAGUGGGGCCCUAUAGCAAGACUGUGGUGCUGAAGACAUCUGAUGUGGCCUGGUUCACCUUCGACCCCACCUCGGCUCACAGGGACAUCAUGUUGACCAAUGAGAACCGGACAGUGAGCUGCAACAGCUACGAUGACCGUGUGGUCCUGGGGACAGCCGCCUUCUCCAAGGGGGUCCAUUACUGGGAGCUCAGGGUGGAUCGCUAUGACAACCACCCGGACCCUGCGUUCGGGGUGGCGAGGAUCAAUACGAUGAAGGACAUGAUGCUGGGGAAGGAUGAUAAGGCCUGGGCCAUGUACGUGGACAACAACCGCAGCUGGUUCAUGCACAACAACUCCCACACCAACAGGGCCGAGGGAGGCAUCUCCAAGGGUGCCACUGUGGGCAUCCUGCUGGACCUGAACAAGUACACUCUAACGUUCUUCAUCAACAAAGAGCAGCAUGGCCCCGUGGCCUUUGAGAACCUGGAGGGAGUCUUCAUGCCUGCUGUCAGCAUCAACAGAAAUGUCCAGGUGACCCUACUAACAGGAAUGGAGGUGCCAAAGAAUAUUAAGCAGCAGUAGCCUCCCAAGGUGUCUAGGCACAGUCCCACCAAUGUCAACAUGGAUUCCUCCUGCUCCACUCCCCCCCCCCCCUUAGUACUACUACUGUUCAAUGCCUAUGAUCAAAUAUCACCCUUAGAGGGAAUCUUAUAUACAAAGGACUUUUGUACAUCAAUUAUAUUGUUUUUUAUAAUUUACCAAGUCUUAAUUUCAUCUCAAUCCGUACAAUCAGAUUCUGUGUUUACAGUCAGAAAGCCAACGGGUGCUUUAAUGAAGUGCAUCUCUGAAACAAAAUCCCAUACUAGGGUAGAGUCAUGAGAUGCCCUACAGUACAAUGUCUCUACUGUAUUCAUCUUCUUCUCUCAGGUUAGUUCAUAGAGAGUUUGUAUACUCCUAUUUCUUUAGAGGAAACUAAACAUCAGCCUAUCUAACUCAUAAAUAGAGAUUAAUAGAGCUUUUCUCAGACAUAUUAUUGGUGAUAUACUGGACUAUCUUUUCGACUUUACAAAGCCUUGCCAGAGUUGGAGUAAAUUCAGUUUCAAUUCUGGUCAAUUGAAAAUGACGUAUUGGGGAUUUAUAUCCUAUAAAUUCAAUUUCAUGAAAUUGAAAUGGAUUUCACCCCAGCCUCGCUUUCAAUAAGAGAGUAAAGGUGGUCAGAUCAGUUUUAAGGACAAAUCAGUAUAAGGGACAAAUCAGAGGAUAAACUGUAUCUUAUCAAACACAAAAUUCUGUCGCUAGAGGACAAAUCUUGGUUCGAAGUGAAGCCAAACCACUGUGACAUUGAGAUGUAACAUUGCCAUGUAUUAUUUUGUCAAACGAUCUACAUACAGUAGAUAGUAUCUUCUUUCAAAGUAUUUAUUGUUUAAUGCGUUGACUUUUACUACACUGUUGAAAUAUUUAUUAAGAGGGUGUAUGCUCAUGUGAUGUUUGAAUGAACAGGUAUUGUUAAAGGGAUUUUAAAUCAGUUAAAAAUAUUGUAUUGACAGACCACCAGAGGGUCAAGUUUGCAUGAUAUGUAAGGAAACUGUAAAUACGUCUCCCAAGCAUGUAUUCUAAGCUAACUAGUUUACUUAAAACUCUAUAUGUAUAUAGUAAAACAAUGCACAACAGUGCUAUGCGGAAGCCUUUCAAACGACCUAUUACAGUACAAUAACAGUUUGCCCCAUAGAGUUUGAGUUAGGAUUACAGCGUCACAUUAAUUUCACCACAGUAUGUAUUUUACCUUUAUGUGACAAGUUAAAUCAUUUUAUGGGGCUAAAGCAUAUUAAUUUGCCAUGUCAGAUGACAAAAUGAAUGAAGAGGGUUAAGCAGUGCAUUUGUGAUUUGUCAGAGGGAAUCUUUAUGGAAUUGUAGAUACUAGGCAGGCUUAUUAUCCCACAUUUACAUUUGACCAUGUCUUCAUUAUGUUUGAGUUCACACACUGGUAUAUCAUUAAUCUGCAUUCGACGCAGUUAGGAGUUUUGUAUUAUAUUAUUUAAUUAUAAUUUUGUGAACAUCUUGAUCUCUUUCUGCUACUAAAAGUGUUGCUUCAAAGUAAUGUGCCCUUAAUCCAAAAUGGUAAUAUGUUUUUCGAUUAAGGAUACCAAAGCUAUUGCCAUUAGUGGAACAUUCUGCUCAGAGUCUGUGUUGAAGCACUGUGGUACACUAUUGGUGAAAAUGAGUUGUACUGCUCUUGUAAUAUUUUCUCUUUGUAAAAACACCAAAUAUAGUACUGGCAUUUUUUAAUAGUCUUUAAAUCUAAUAUGGGGGUUAUUUAGCUGUGUUAAUGGUGUUUUCUGAACAGAACCAUUGCCUUGUACAUUGAACAUGUUGAUAUGAUGUAGAGCAGACUGUCUGAUGGAACUAAAGUAUGUCCAAAGCUAAAACGUGGAGAUGACCAUUCCCGGGGUAAAUAAAAAUGGAUGGGAAAUGUACAUGAAAUGUUGACAGCUGUUAGGCUGGACUGAUAAUUGGCUAGAGCCAUUUUGUAUAAAGACGAGCCAAUGCAUCAGGUUCCAGCAUGUAUUGAGUUAUUAAGUGGCUCCAAGUGAAUGUUGUCAAUUACAGAACCGUCCCUACUUUCGUAUAAAACUGAAUUAGUGCUUGUGACGGAAACUACAGUAUAGGGAAGUGUGAGGUGUAACGAAACUACAGUAUAGGGAAGUGUGAGGUGUAACGAAACUACAGUAUAGGGAAGUGUGAGGUGUAACGAAACUACAGUAUAGGGAAGUGUGAGGUGUAACGAAACUACAGUAUAGGGAAGUGUGAGGUGUAACGAAACUACAGUAUAGGGAAGUGUGAGGUGUAACGAAACCACAGUAUAGGGAAGUGUGAGGUGUAACGAAACCACAGUAUAGGGAAGUGUGAGGUGUAACGAAACCACAAAAGGCAAACAAAAUGGUGUCCAUGUAGCCUCUCAGCAAUCAUUAUGGAAAUGGCACAAAUAAAACACUGCAGGUACAGACCUUAAUAUCAAAAGAUCCUUAGUAGUAAAUGCAGAUAGUAGUUUAUCCUCUCUAAGUGUUGUCUAUUUGUGUGUUUGGCAUGGAUUUUCCCUCCCCAACAUGGUAGCCUGCUUCUGAAUGUUAACCCCCCAAAAAAUAACAAAAAAAUAGUGCUAGAAAGUCACUACUGUCAGAUUACGUUUGCAUUUGAAUCUUUUUAUUUUCCCCAUAUUUACUGUUCCCACCCUGAUUAUGGCAUGUGGGGGGAGGAGAUGUUGCAGUGUCUGUGGGGCAGGCACGUAUCUCAUGCCCUGGGGUGCCUGUUGCCCUCACUGCCACACUACCAGAGAACUAGGCUGGGUGCACCACCAAACCUCAUGGGGAAUGUCAACUGGUCCUUUAGGACACUGUAUCUAUGUCCACAGUAUGCGUCCACAAAAAGCUGUGCUUCUUUUUCUAGAAUUCUGUUCAUGUGUAUGUAUGUUCUUUCGUUCUCAUCUCUCCUACAAUGUAAACGUUUUGUACUUCUAAGUGGUUUGUAUAUGCAAUGCGUUGUACUUGGCAUUGAUUUCAUAUUAUACAGUGUAAAAGAAAAGCAAAAAGCAAUGUAUUUUUUUUCCUUUUUUAAAAUUAAUAAAUGAGUAACUGUGAUGGAA